AUGCUUCGUUGGAGAAGAAACCUUGCAUGGUCUGCGCGCGAAAACUUUUCACAACGAAACUCGAAACGGUGCAUUUUAACGAUAUCCCCAAUCGACAUCUCUUGCAACCUACACAUCCACACCCACACCAAAAGACAGUGCACGGACUUCUGUUCCACGAAAAAGUCGACAGUAGAGGACCCAAUGACACCGAGACUCGCCUUGGCAAAUAACAUGUGGAUUGGUGACGUCCCUUUCCAGCUAGAAAUUUUGACGCUACCUGAACAAUUGCUCGUGGCUCUCUACUUCCCCGCGGCUGCGGCAAAUGCGGGUGGGAUUGAAGCUAUCGCAAUCAAUGAAAAGCUCCGAGGAAAUGUUUCCACGUUUCGGCUACCAACAGCGCAAAUCAUCGAUAUGGCAGCAGGGCAAAUCGUACCCCGACCAUCUCUCAUCUUAGCUUCUCUUAUCGGUGUCACUUUUGUGGGUGUGGACCGCAAAGCCCUCCCGACUCUCAAAACCUUGUUCCGCGUGCGUCGCCAGAGGGUCUUCGAGGCGUUGCUAUGGCUAAAGCAAAAUAACACGGUAUAUCGAGACAUAACCAUCGACUCUGGCGCUAUACAAAAGUUACCAGAAGACGACAUCCCCUCCGAAAUAUCAGAGAACGUCCGGUACUCCACAGAUGUCGAUGCAGUCGGCCGCGAACAUGCAGGAUACGCGCCAGUGGAGUUCGAAGAGGAAGAAACGCAGCAGCCUGACGAAAGCUUGGAACAAACCGAGCUGAACUCCAGGGCCGACCCCACACAAGUGGAAAUCGAAGGGGCGUUGGAUGAGAAUUGUUUGGACGUGUCAGUCGAUGCGCAACCAAGCACACUACCCGGUCAAACGACACGGUCAACCUUUGGAACAAUGGAACAGACUAUGGAAGAAGACGAUCCAAGUCCCGCAGUCUUUCCCUUGCACGCGCACGGAAUAAUGGACGUAGGGGGGGAUAAUAUUCCCGAAAGUACUGUAUUUGCACACGCUGUGGACAAUUUACUAUCGAAACCAUUCGCGCAAGACUAUGCGGUGCGCAAGGGUAGUGCCUUUAUCAACGAAUAUGGGCGACGCGACGAAAAUGGUGACCGUUACGACGGAGGUCCUUCUAAUCCAAAUCAUCUCCUCGGUGCUUUCCCCACGUUGUUUCCUUACGGCCUUGGAGGCCUUGAAGUGGACCGCGAAGAGAAAGUUUUCGGCGAUUCCGACGACACACACAUUUUAUCUUUCUGGCGUUCGGGGUCCUCUGGAAGCGUCAGUUCUCUCGCUCAACUCAAACCGAAAGACUUGCUGCAAGCUGCAGAAGAGGAAGAGCACAGAGUACAAAUAUCCAACCCACUCAUUCGGCUUCUCCGAAAGCACCUAACGGCAGUUCGUGCCAGGGUACAAGGCACGGACGAAAACCGAGUAGCAAUUCGCGCGCAAAUUUGGGGCAUGACCCUCAAAUUCAAUCCUCCUUCCAUAUGGAUGACAAUCAAUCUAUCCGACACGGGGGAUCCCAUAGCUCAAGUUUUAGCUGGGCAAGAAAUAAACCUAGAUGAUUUUAUUGCCAAAUCGGGACCCAGCGCGACGACUCGAGAUGCUAUUAUCGGUGCAGAUCCAUUUGCAGCGGCCGAAUAUUUCCACUUGGUUAUUCGUUUGCUCUUCAAGGACAUGUUGGGAAUAAAAGUCGGCGUCAAAGGAGCGAUCGAACGUGAGACUGGUGUCCUCGGGGUCAUCAACGGGUAUAUUGGCACGGUCGAAGCACAAGGUCGCGGGUCGCUGCACCUGCACUUAUUGUUAUGGCUUCGCGGUGCGCCCACAGCUCAGCAAAUGCAAGAAGCGCUGCAAUCGGACGAAUUUCUUGCCCGAGUAAAAUCGUUUAUCAAACACAACAUACGAGCGGACGUUCCAGGAGGUCCUUUACCACCCGACGCUCGCAAACGCUUAGCUCGAAGUGUUGCAUUCUCCCGACCAGUGGACCCCAGAACGACUAACUACAAAGACGAAGCGGCGAAGACCGAAAAAAUCAAUGCCUCAGUAUUGCAAAGUCACGAAUGCACUAUAUACUACUGUCUCAAAAACAAAUCGGGCCGUCUCAUAUGCAAACGUGGACACCCAUGGCCAACUUAUGACGAUGAUUGGGUUGAUCGCGGGGGAAGUUGGGGCCCGAAACGCUCCAAUUGUUCACUCAACCCUUGGAACCCGCCAAUAUUCCACACGACUAGGUCGAAUAUGGACAUUAAACUCCUUACUAACGCAUGGGAAACAAAAGAUAUCGCAUUUUAUAUAACAUUGUACAUAGCGAAGAAACAAGUGCAAGCCGCGAAUGCGUCUGCAAUUCUCGCUAAGAGUCACGCGUUCCAACAAACUCCCGGUUCAACUCCCAACAUCAACCUUCCUAUUCACAAACUAAAUCAAAAACUGCUGCAACAAUGUGCAAAUACCCUCAGUCGACAAUACGAGCUGAGCGGGCCGGAGGUGGUGAGUUACUUAAUGGGAUGGGGGGAUCGGUACAUUUCGCACACAUUCGUCAAAAUAUACUGGGACCGUGUUGUAAGCACCCUACGAGCAGCGUUCCCGCAUAUAACUCAAAACGCUGCAACAAUAGAUGCAGACAACGAGGAUCGUGUACCCGCUGACACUGCAACCCAAAUCAUCCUAGUCGACGGGCGCUUCACAGUCGAGGACCAACUCAGCCAGUAUGCCGACCGGGGAGAGGAAUUGGAAAGUAUGAACCUUUACGACUACUUUCUAUAUACUUAUCACGACGCACGCGCCAAACAACGCAGUGAGGACGAUGAAGACGACUCACCACAAGAGAGACCAAAAGCAGGAGGCCGGCCCAAAAAAGAUCGAUACCCUUACAGACCAGAAAGCGAACGAAAGGGGCGUUGGCUACCAAGUAGAGAUUCUGCCAACCAGGAAAACUACGCGGCUCAAAUCUUAGUUCUUCUAAAACCAUGGCGUGAACUAAAAGACUUGGUUGGCUCGUUCCCUUCCCUGCAACAUGCACUUGAUAGUUUUAUGGCAAGCUCCAGUGAAGAAAUUCACCGCAUUACAGAAAACAUCGAGUAUUUUCACCAAUGCAGCCAGUCCGCUAAACGAAGGAAAAAUAACACCCCCGAAGACGCCGAGGGCGACAACACUGGCGAUUUGGACACCUCAGACACUGUCACACAACUCGAAGGCGAUCAUACCGAUACUUUCAAAGCCCCAAUGCUACUCACUGAAGCGGACGGCAAUGGCCAUCGCCUCCGCAAAUGGCAUAUUUAA